AGCACAUUGUGUAUUUUUGAGAAUGCUGUCUUGGUCAUAUAUCAUAUUUAGUGUCAUGUAUAUAUGAUAUGACUUGCCCCAUAUUCCAAUCUACGCGGCCGCCGAUACUUAUGUUUCAGACUCUGCAUUUCCAUUUUCAGUGCAAAAAUUGAGCCUAGGAAACUUUCUAACACUUUCCUUUUCUUGCUCUAUACUUGGGCCUCUAAAAAAGGUCAUGGUUGGCACACUUUGCUAUAUAUUUCCAAUACAACCACUUUGGUUUUUGCUAGCUACUUGUCUGGGCUGAAAAUAGUGUUUGAGCUUCUCUUGAAAUAGGUUUUGUUGAAGAGUAUGGGUCAGUUGUAUAAUCUUGAUGAACUCCAUGUAACUGAAGAAAUGCCUGUGAGAGCAAAUAAGAGAAGCUGUGGUGUUGCAUCUGAAGACAAAAAGCUGGAGCUGAGGUUGGGUCCUCCAGGAGAUCAAGAACAGUCUGUUCACUCCCAGCUUGGUUUCAUUAGUUCUAAUCCUGAAGCCAAAAGAGUCUGUCAUGACUUACAAGUUAAGGCCAAAAAUGAAGAGACAAAGUGGUUGGCAAACACUGCUCAGCAUCAGCCAAAGUCUUCCUAUUUCCAGUACCCAAUGAUUCCUCAUCCAGAUAAGAAAGCGUGUUCAGAUCCUGCCACUGCUUCAAAAUUUCCCAUUUCGGCUGCAGCAAAUGGCUCUGAUGAGAAAAGUAAAAGCAGAAUUGCACAAGCUCCGGUAGUUGGGUGGCCUCCAGUCCGUUCAUUCAGAAAAAAUCUUGCAAACAAGAGCCUCGCGAAGGCGGCUUCGGAUCAGCCACCACUUGAGACUUUGCAGGAGGAGAGUAAAGGAAAAUCCGCAGAGAGUAGUACCAAAGAGCAUAUGUUUGUGAAGAUCAACAUGGAAGGGGUUCCCAUUGGAAGAAAAGUUAACCUCAAAGCCUAUGAUAGUUAUGAGAAGCUCUCCUCUGCCAUAGAUCACCUCUUCCAAGGUCUUCUUGCUGCUCAAAGAGAUCAUUCUGCUGUUGAAAAAGAGAACAAGGAAGAGACCAAAGCAAUUAGUGAUUCAUAUACUCUACUCUAUGAGGAUAAUGAAGGAGACAGGAUGCUUGUUGGUGAUGUCCCAUGGAACAUGUUUGUUUCCACGGCAAAGAGGCUACGUGUGCUAAAGAGCUCAGAGCUAUCCACUCUACGACUUAGCAGCAGUCGGCAUGAAAAGACACCACUCGAGUCUGCCAUGGAAAUUGGAAGAUGAGGAGGCAGCUGCUAUUAUUAGUGGAGAAAUUCCCAUAUGUCUGCAUCAAGCUCUCUCCUAGCUAGCUGCUCUGUAUAAUUAAAGGCUUCUCAUUAAGUUCUCUCUUUUCUUUCUAAUGUCCUAUAUUCUGUAUAUUAAUUAAGCGUGUAGAAGAUGAUCAAAUAUAAUUUUUUUUUCUUUGUUUUGUGUGAUCA